AUGGACCCAGCGAAUCCUCCGGCGCACCAAGACCUCCGCAGCGAACGGUGCCUUCGACGAGCGCCGCAUCCGCAUCCGGGGCCGCAUCUGCCUCAUCCGCGUCCGGCUCCGGGCCUUCAGCGGUGGCGGCCUGGCGGGGUCCUUCGAUGCUCCAGCGGCGGCGAGGUGGGAGCGAGAUGCGCGCGGUGGUGGGGAGGUGAUCCGAUACGGCGAAUGGCUGGACGGAGCCUGGCUUAUGGGGAACGGCCACCCCGGCGUUUCCAGGAAGGCACAUGUACAGAGUGCAUCCAGGAAGCCUUAGCCCCCAGCCAAACACACCUUGUAAAGCUCCGGCGACCGGCGCAGACUGCCACCGCUGCCCUCUCUGCCAUGGCCAAUGCCAUGACCCCGUUCCUCACCACCGAGUCAACGACGCAGUGA